AUGAGUACCGACAACGCCAGGAAAGCCGUUCUCAUCACCGGUGCCACCGGCAAACAGGGCGGUGCAGUCAUCGACGCCCUGCUCGCCAACCACCCCAAGCUUUUCACCAUCCUCGCCGUGACGCGCAACCCGACGUCAGCGAGCGCGGCGCGGCUAGCCGCUAAAUCGGCCGCCAUCACGCUGGUCCAAGGCGACCUAGACGACGUGCCGGCACUCUUCUCAGCCGCGGCCGCCGCCAGCAUCGAGCCCAUCUGGGGCGUCUACUCGGUUCAGGUGUCGCACGGCAAGGGAGUGACGUCCGAAGGCGAGAUCGCGCAGGGCAAGGCGCUCAUCGACGAGGCGCUCAAGGCCGGCGUGUCGUACUUUGUGUACAGCAGUGUGGAGCGGGGCGGCGAGGAGCGCAGCUGGGACAACGAGACGCCCAUCCCGCACUUCCAGACCAAGCUGCAUAUCGAGCGGCACCUGGUGGAGGCGACCAAGGGCAGCGCCAUGAGCUGGACAAUACUGCGGCCCGUCGCCUUCAUGGACAACCUAGCGCCGGGCUUCCCCAGCAAGGUCUUCCUCACGGCGCUGCGCGACACACUGGGCCCCAACAAGUCGAUGCAGUGGGUCGCGACGGCCGACAUAGGGUAUUUUGCAGCGGAAGCGCUAGCGCGACCCGAGGAGUACAAGGGCAAGGCGGUGGGGCUGGCGGGUGACGAGCUGACAUUUGGGCAGCUGAGCGAUGCGUUUGAGCGCGCGACGGGGUACGCUGCUGGGACGACGUUUUCGUUCUUAGGCAGCACGCUCAUGUACAUGGUUGCGGAGAUGGGGACGAUGGUGCGCUGGUUUGGUGAUGAGGGGUACAGCGCGGAUAUUGGGGCGUGUAGGGAGAAGCAUCCCAAGAUGAUGGACUUUGAGACGUGGCUGAGAGAGAAGAGCGGGUGGGCUGCUAAGUAG